UCAUGUCACUAGCACACGCUCAGUUCUUUCUAUCUUUCUUUGCCUUACCCCCUGUUUCUGCCCGUCUGUCAUUUCUCUUUUUCUCUCUUCUUAUUCAAACCCCUUAUUUGCUUCUCUGAUACUCUUCUACUGCAAGAGCAACAUUUCUUUGGGAUACUUUUCCCUUCUAUUAUUUAUCCAUCUAUACUUUUUGUCUGUAUUCUCCCAGUCUGUAUCUCCCUGGAUUUAUUUUCUCAUUUAAUUUGCAUAACCUGAUGCAAUUGACAUUUUUCAAGGGCAACAGAUGGAGUCAAAGGAUAAUGGACCUGGAAGCCCAGCAAUGCCAUUCUUUGGUUGUUCUAAAUGGCACCACACAGAAAGUGUCCCAGCUCAAGGAUGCAUGGCACCUGCAAGCCCAGGUCAAAUGUUGCUGCGAGAGCUGCUUUGGCAGCUAGAGCAAAGAGCACUUCAGGUUCAAGCGGAGGAGUUCCAGUACUGCUUGUCCCGUGGCAUUCUGGCAUACCAUUGCCCCCCAGCAUACCCUAGCCUGCUUGCCCUCAUACCUGCCUCUGAGCGUCAUCAGCUAGAGCGCCUCUGUGGGCGCAUCCCACCCUCACAAACAGCCGUUGUACUUUCCAGGCUCCAUGAUCUUUUGGGCCACAAUGACAUCCCUCCCUGGGAGCUGGUGGGUGCCUUCAAGCAUGUUGUUAGGGACUUCCCGAGGAGGCAGGAAGAAAAAGUGCAGAGGCGUCCACUCCUUUCAGCUCCACCAGCUAUUCCUUCUGCUCCCAUUCCAUCUACAGAGAGUGGUAAUAGAAAUCACUGGGCUGAAAAUGCAUCUCAGUCUUCAUCAGAGGAGCCGGGAAAGCAUAGGAAAGAGAUCCCUACUAUUUCUAGUUAUGUGGAUAAACACUUGCGGGCUGCCUGCCCUUACUCUAUCCACCGAGAUUGGAGCCUGCCCUACUUCCAUCCUUUUACUUAUGAGGCCUACAGCACCACAUUGUGAGGGUGACCUAAUUGUGAAAAAAAAAAAAAAAAAAAAAACAUGACCCUUUUUUGUAUGUCCCUCCUAUUGGCAAGGUCCCUUGUUCUCUGACAUAGAUCUACACUUGCAACAUUGAGAAUAUCUAAUUACCUCUCCAGUUUCAUCGUAAACUGACUACAAAGAGGAAGAGGGUGCAUGGCGUAAUGUUAAAUCUUGGAAUAUGAGCCAUAAUCGUUUGUAAUCAGUCAAAAAGAUUAACAAAAGUCAGAUUUUAGUGACAUAUGGCAGAUAAUUUUUUCAUUUAAUGUUAUUGCCUCUCUUUGGAAACUGACCAAUAAUUUGUUUCCAUUUGCUUUCUAUUGAAAUAACAUUUGUACUUUGGGCUGUAUAGCUUUCCAUGAGAUACAGCUAAUGACUGAGCAUAUUGGAGGAAGCAAACACACACACACACAUUAGCAUGCACCCAGAGCAUUCAACCAGAGCAGUUAUUUAGCCUAAUCUGUCUUUUUUCUGAGUUAUAUUUCUGGAUUACAGAGUAGAAAUUAGCCUGAGGGCAGAGGACUGCACAACGUUUGCACAUCAGUGGGUCCUGCUCCCUGCAUUUACCCAUGAACAGCCCAGCAUGUUUCUCACCUCUCCCAAGCUUUUUACAUCAGAGGUACAAACUAAUAUUGUUUGCCUGUCUGUGUACAAAUAGUGACAGAACUGUUCUUUAUUUUUCAUGUAGCAUGGGCUGAAAGUGGCACACAAUCUUCAGCAUUGAAGCACAAGUUUGGUAAUUGUCCUUAUUAAUAAUAAAGCUUCCAUUUUAAAGUAGUGUUAAAACAGUGUAAAAACAAACAGGGGACACUUUUGUUACAGGUCCUGGGCAGAUGUGGGACUGUAAGCAGUGAAUGAUGUAAUUUGUAUGCUGUAAGCAAUAAAUGACAGAG